AUGUUAUCUCCUUCCAGCAAGGACUCGACGCUGUCAUCGUCCACUGGGAACCAGAACAGACUGUCUGCGUUUUCGUUUGGAGAGAAAAGAGUGCCUUUAUCCAAGAUUGAAUCCUCACACGAUCCAGCAGAGGAGACGGCACCACAUCGUUGUGGCAAGUCGUCUGGUAAUUCGGGCUCAAACGCUCUAAACUCUCCACUUUCGUUGUCGGAAGAGGAGCAACCCCCAACGGUGUUCAAGAACUUGGACGGCGACCAGCUUUCGUUGGAGAGUGUUCCGCCUUCGGCCAUUCCAUCUUCGCCUUCUCAAUCUCGUGCAAAUGCUUCCCGAAGCUCUGCUUCGAAGCAAAAGGACUCUUUGAUUUUUGAGCGGUUUGUUCAGGACCAACUUAUUGACUCCCAUCCGCUCCCAUCGUCGUUGCCUCGGCUACAUUCCACCGAAAACUUUGUCCCCGCAUCGCUCGACCUUACAGCACAAAUCUCCCACGAUGAGCUUGACCAGGUUGAUAGAAGUUACCCAAGGAGAUCUUCCACUGCUAGUUUGCAGGCUGCUUUUGCAACCCCAACAAGCAGAAGAUUAUCUUUUGCGUCCACCAGACCAAGUACCAGAGGAAGCACUUCCAACCUGACCGAACAACUGCUGUCUUCGCAACCCCAACGUCCAACUGUCACACACUCUCUUACAACAUCAAACCUCCCUCCUCCUGAAACCCAAGGUUUCAACUCGCCAGCAGCCUCGCCCGUGCUUAAACAAAAUAAUUCAACGCUGUCAUUCUGCUCGUACGCAGACAUGAUUAGUUUGGAAGACCAACAAUCCAAAUUCCCAAUCAGACGUCCUAGCCUUUCUGCUAGCAUCUCUAACAACCCAAGACUUUCCAGAACAAGCUCGAUUUCGUCCAGCUCGUUCCUCCAAAGAUCGCCGAUCAGUGUUCAGCCACCUCAAAUCCACCCAAGUUUUGGGCCUCCAGGUUCCGGACAGGCAUCUACUUCAUCGUUAUCGCCUGCAGCGGGUCCUAUUUCCCCUCAGCUAUUUGCAAGAGGUCCGCUGUCCCACAGAGCUUCCAGUGUCCAAUCGGGUAAGAAGUUUACCGUGGACACUCAGAGCUCCGACUCGGAUGGAGAAGGAGAACAAUCCUCCAUCCCACAAAGAUUCCCUGCUAUCCAGAGAAAGAAAGUCCCGGCCAAGCUUUCCAGCACCAGCCAGACUUCUUUCAGAUCGGGGGGUAACAAUAUUGAUGAUCUUUUGGUGGAUAAUGAGUCCGAUCAGGACAGUUUCCAGAGCUUUGUUAGUGAAGGCUUGCUUCUUUCUAUUACCUGUUCUCACGAACCGGCGGAGCAUCCAUUCGACAUCGGCAUCUUUAUCAUCCAUGGUGCCGAGUCUCAUCUCAAACAAUCUCAUUUCAAAACGCGGUCCAACUUCGCUCAACUCGACGUCGUCUUUAGUCCUCACAUAAAGAUGUUGUCUGACGCUAAUGAAAUCGUCUUGGUUCACAAAGCUGACCAAUCUUGGCGACUCAUCCUUCACUCCUGGUGGGAACAGAUGUUUCAGAACUUGAACAACACGGCCACCGAGCUUGGACGUGAAGUUCUCGAACACGAUGUGCGGAUAAGCUUCUGA